AUGGAAGGAGAAGGAAACCAAAGUUUUGCAGCCAGUCAAAUUGCAGUGUUCCAGACUUCUAAUGUGCCAGAAUUUAACCCAAGUGUAGAGGCGUGGAAUGUAUGGAAAGAGCGUCUGGACAUACAUUUUUGUGAAAUAAGCUGCACGGACGACAAUGUGAAAAAGUCGAUUUUAUUAAAAUCAAUUGGUGCCGUGGCUUAUAAAAUGUUGCAUAGUUUAUGCAGUCCAGUGUCCCCUGUGUCAAAAAAAUAUGAGGAGUUGUGCGAGAUAUUGGAUACGCAGUACACCCCACCUACGAUAGUGUUCAGCGAAAGAAAAAAGUUUCAUGUCUCAACAAAAAGUGAUAGUGAAACGGUUGCUGAGUGGUAUGCCAGAGUUAAGACAUUGGCGCUUAAUUGUAAAUUUGGUGCAAACUUGGAUGCUUUUGUUUUAAAUCAGUUUGUGAUGGGCUUGCCACAUUUCAUCUUCGAACGACUGUGUGAAGAGGACGAAAGUCUAACGGUGCAAGUGGCGUUGAAAAAAGCGAUGAUCAUGGAGACGAAAAGCAUAGCAAAAGAGGCAGAGAGGGAGCAAAGUUCUGUGAACUUGGUGCAAAAGCAAAGACUCUCCAACAAGUAUAACGGCAGUGGCGGUGGUGGCAGAGGUUAUGGCAGCAGCGGUAACAGAGGCAGUAACAGCAACAGAGGCAGUGGUAACAGCAGUAACAGAGGCAAUGGUUAUAACAACAACAGAGGCAAUGGCUAUGAAAAUAACAGAAGCGGCGGUCGCGAUAACAGAAUGGAAGUUGAAAAAAAGGCAGCUUGUUCUCAUUGCGGUUGGCGCAACCACAGCUCUCAAGCUUGUAAAUACAAGGAGAGCAAAUGUCAUUCUGUGGCUGAGCGCAAAUCUAGUGAUGUGUAUUCUCUUCAGGUUGUAAUUGAUGGAGUUGAGCUUAAUGCUGUGUGUGAUACGGGUGCUCCGUGUACGUUGAUGCCUGCUUGUUUUUAUAAGGAGAACAACAUUAAGAAAACACUUCGCCCAUGCAAUAUACCAUAUGUAGACUACAAUGGUGACAAGUUGAAGCUGGUAGGCGAAUACGAUGCGUCGGUGACUUUUCAAGGUAAAAGUAAAUCAGUUGUUGUUGUUGUUGUAAAUUCAUCAAAUCCACCCCUGCUUGGUCGUUCGUUUUUACGAUCGUUUAAUUUUGAGCUGUUGCAAGUUAACAAUAUUGGUUCAAUGGAUUCUAAUGCAACGAUUAUUGAACAAAUUAAAAAUGAAUUUUCUGAGGUUUUUCAAGACAAGUUGGGAGAAUACAAUGUGAGCAAAAUUUCUUUAAAAAUUGCUGAGGAUGCAGCUCCUGUUUUUUGUAAACCAAGACCUUUACCAUUGGCAUGGAAAGGCAAGAUAGAGAAGAAGUUAAGAGACUUAAUAAGUUCUGGUGUUUUGGAGCCGGUUGAUAAUUCCGAUUGGGGAACUCCUUUAGUUCCAAUUUUAAAGCCAAACGGCGAUUUGAGGAUAUGCGGUGACUACAAGGUCACAUUAAACAAAUUUUUAUUGGAUUUUAAAUAUCCCUUACCCAGAAUCGAUGAGAUUUUCGCAUCGUUGGAGGGUGGUGAAGUUUUCACGAAGCUUGAUUUAUCCAAUGCUUACAAUCAGCUUGUUUUGGAUGAAGAGUCUCAAUUUUUAUGCGCAUGGAGUACGCAUAUUGGUACUUUGAAGGUGAAGAGACUACCAUUUGGUGUCAAAACGGCUGCGGCCAUUUUUCAAAAAACAAUGGAAAAUCUUUUAAGAGAUAUUCCCUAUGUUGUUGUUUACCAGGAUGACAUAACCAUCACUGGCAAAAAUAUGCAAGAGCAUAUCAGGACUUUGAAGCGUGUACUUCAAAAACUACAGUCUUCAGGAUUGAAGCUCAAUUUAAACAAAUCAGUAUUUUUUCAAUCUGAAAUUUCCUAUUUGGGAUUUAACAUCGACAAACAUGGAUUAAGAAAGAACAAUGACCGGAUUUCAUCAAUAAUCUCGUGUCCUAUUCCAAAGAAUAUUUCUGAAUUACGAGCUUUUGUGGGCAUGGCAAAUUAUUAUUCGAAAUUUAUUAAUGAUUUUGCAAAAAUCAUGUCUCCACUAUAUAAUUUAUUAAGCAAAGAUGUAGCCUUCGAUUGGUCAGACAAAUGUCAUAAGUCGUUUGAGGAUAUAAAGAAGUCUGUUACUUCAGACCAAAUCUUGGUUCAUUUUAAUCCUGACUUGCCAAUCAUAUUAACUACUGAUGCUUCAAAUAAUGCGGUAGCUGGAAUUUUAUCACACAGGUUUUCUGAAACAACAAAACCGAUAGCAUUUGUAUCCCGAGCUUUGACGAAAAGCGAGAAGAAUUACAGCACUCUUGAGAAAGAAGCCCUAGCCAUUGUGUUUAGUGUUACUAAACUAAGGCAAUAUUUGCUUGGAAAUAAAUUCAUUUUAAGAACGGAUCAUCGCCCAUUAUUGGCCAUUUUUGGUAGCGACAAGGGUUUGCCUGUCAUGGCUUCAGCAAGAAUGCAACGAUGGGCAUUAAUUCUUUCUGGAUUUAAUUAUACCAUAGAAUAUGUGAAAGGAAUUAAGAAUGAAGCAGAUAGCAUUUCAAGGAUGCCUCAAAAAGAAUUUCAAUCUGAUAAUGUUGAAAAUUCUUACAUAAAUUUUAUUGAAGCCAAUGAAGCAGGUUUUAAAAUCGAUUUUAAAGAUAUUUCUCGUGAAACGAGACGAGACCCGAUUUUGUCAAGAGUUGUGGACUGUAUCUCCAACGGCACACUCAAUAAUAUUGCUGGUGCCAAUUUCACACCAUUUCGGGAAAAGUAUACCCAACUAACCGUUGAAUAUGGUUGUAUUUUAUGGGGUUAUCGAACAAUAAUACCUGAUAAAUUAAAAGAAAAAGUUCUAAAUGAACUUCAUCGUUCUCAUUUGGGGAUUGUCAAAACCAAAGCCCUUGCAAGGUCAUACAUAUGGUGGCCAGGCCUUGACAAAGACAUUGAGAACUUAAUUAAGAACUGUCUACCGUGCCAAAAACUACAAUCCAGUCCUGAGAAAAGCAGUUUAAUACCAUGGGUGCCAAAUGAUUCGGUAUGGAGCCGAAUACAUAUUGAUUUUGCUGGUCCGAUAAGAAAUUUUUACUUUUUAAUCGUCAUCGAUUCAUUUUCAAAAUUUGUUGAAGUUUUCAAGACUAAAGAUAUGACGACAGCAUUCACCGUCUCAAGGUUAAGAGAACUGUUUUCACGUUAUGGUAUUGUCGACACACUUGUAAGUGACAAUGGCACACAAUUCACUUCACAUGAUUUUGAAACUUUUUUGUCCUUGAAUGGAAUUAAACACAUCUUAACUGCACCUGGACAUCCAUCAACUAAUGGCCAAGCUGAGAACUUCGUUAAAACGUUUAAAAAAUCCAUAUAUGCUAACUUGGAGCAAAAUAAAGAUGCCAAUUUAGACCAAAUUUUAUACCGAUUUUUAAUGGACUAUCGCAACAUGACCCAUUGUAGCACUGGUGAAUGUCCAGCAAAGAUUUUCUUUGGCAGAAAACUAAAAACCCGGUUUAGUCUUUUUAAACCACCAACGACUACGGAAAAGAUAAUAAAUGCACAAGAAAACAACGUUCGAAACCACAAAGGUAAUCGAAAUAUUCAAUUUACAGAAGGUCAGAAGGUAAUGGUACGUGAUUACCGUAAUCCUAACAAAUCCAGUUGGGCACAAGCAAAGAUAAAACAACAACUUGGACCUCAAUCGUAUUCGUGCAUUUUAUCACACAACAACUAUAUCAUUAAACGCCAUCUAGAUCAGAUAAGAGGUCAACAACAAAAACAACAACAAAUCGUCGAUUUGCAAGCACCUACAACAAAUACCUUGUCUUCAGAUGGUCCACAGCAGAUGCAAACGACUGAAGAUAUUUCACACACUAGAAGAGAACUCAGACCACGAGAGGGAGGAAGAGUAGUAAGAAAACCGGAUUCAGUCGUCAGUCUCUUUAAUGGGGAAGACACUGAUAAAUCAGAGGGACGCACAGUUCGUCCUCAGCCUUUAAGUAAAGGUGGUGUUGCUGGCUCGGAUUUAGACAACGACUGUGUCAAUGAAACAGUCAUCGCAGCCGAAUCGAAAGAUGAGUGCAUCGAAGUAUGUACCGAGCGAUACUCGAGCGCUCUACCUCCCAUUACGACUGUUAUGAUGAAUAGUAAAUAUGUGUGUACAACAGUUGGCAUUUGCAUGGGCGUAUGGGAUAAAGAUUGCAUUGAAUUUUAA